AUGUACUUACAUUCUGUGUGUUUCAGAGUGGCAUUGUCAAUAUCUUUUGGUUCUUUUGAUCCUCUUCAGCCAUUGUCUGAACAAUUUCAGGAAGAGGCUGAAAAAACAGGCCUCCAGAAGGGAGAGGAUAUUGGCCUGGAAAGUAAGGCUGAUGAACCUAGUGGUUCUAAAUUAAUACAUGGUUCUGGUGUUUCUCUUCAGCCUGUGGCUGAUCAACCUGACAUAGCUGUUAAGCAAAUAAACCUUGAGAAUGAAGGUCAUGUGUACUUGGAAGAUAAGAACAGUCAAUAUAGUGGUUCUGAAAUGAGUUUGGAUUCUGAUUUCUUGGUUCAGUCAAUAGUUGAUCAACCUCAAAUAACUAUUUUGGAGCAGGAACAUAUGGAACUAGAAGAUAAGGACAGUCAGUCUGGUGGUUCUGAAAUGAGUUUUGAUUCUGAUGACCCUCUUCAAUCAGUGGCUGACCAACUUAGAGAAACUGUUCAAGAAAUAAGCCUUUGGAAGGACGAAGUUGACGUGGAAGACAAGAGGGAUGAAUCAAAGGGUUUUGAAAUUACAUAUGAUUCUGAUGUCCUUUUUCAAUCAGUGGCUGGCCAAACUGCAGAAGUUGGUAAAGAGGUCAACCUUUGGAAGGGGCAUGUUGACUUGGAAGAUAAGAUUGUUGCACCUGGUGAUUCUAAAAUAAAUUUUGACUCUAAUCAACCUCUUUCAUCUGUGGCUAAUGAAAUUCAGGAGGCUAUUACAGAAAUAAAUCUUCUGAGGGAGGGACAAGUUUGUCUGGAUGAUAAAGGCUAUGAACCCAAUGGUUCUGAAAUAAUUUAUGUUUCAGAUGUCCCUCUUCAGUCAGUAGUUCAGCAACCACACAUUUUGGAAGAGGAACAUGCCAAUUUGGAAGAGAAGAGCAGUGAUCUGUGUGGUUCUGGAAUGAGUUUUGCUUCUGGUGGUCCUCUUCAGUCAGUGGCUGACCAGCUUCAGAAAACUGUUAAAGAAAUAGGUCUUUGGAAGGAAGACCACAUUUACCUGGAAGAUAAGACCUAUAAACUAGGUGAUUUUGAAGUAAGCUGUGAUUCUGAUACUCCCGUUCAUUUUGUGGCUGGUCAGUCUUCAGUGGCUAUCAAAGAAAUACACUUGGAAAAGAAGGAUCAGAAUGACCUAGAAAGUGAGACCUGUGAACCAGGUGUUUCUGAAAUAAAAUGUGGUUCUUGUGUUCAUCUUCAAGUUGACCAACCUCAAGUGGUUUGCAAAGAAAUACACCUUCCGAAGAAACAGCAUCUUGGCAUGGAAGAAAAGACCAGUGAACCUAGUGAUUCGGAAAUGUGUGAUUCUGAUAUCCCUCUUCAAAUAGUCGUUAACGAAGGUGAUGUGACAGUCAAAGAAGCCAAUCUUGAAAAGAUGCUAUAUGUGGACCUGGUGACCCCUGAUAGUGAUUGUGAAAUGAUUGCUGAUUCUGAUACGGCUUUUCAGCAAGUGAUUGACUCACCUCAAAUGACUGUCAAGGAAAUCAGCUGUAUAAAUACAGAAAGUUUUAAUCUAGAAGGUGUGAGCUAUGGCCCUUGCGGUGCUGAACUAGGAUACAUUUGUGAAGCCACUCCUCAGUCAGUGACAAACCCAUCCAAAGACACUUUCAAAGUAGUAAACCAGAAGAAAGACUAUAUUAUUCUGGAAGAGUCAAGCUGUGAGCCUUAUGGUUCUGAAAUAAGUUUUCAAAUUGAUCCAUCUUAUCAGUCCAUGACCUACCAAUCUCAAGAGCCUGAAGAAGAAACAGUGAAAUAUUUUCACUCAGAAGAUACAAGCUGUGCAUCUAGUAGUUCUAAAAGAAAUCUUGAAUGGAAAGACACUCCUCAGCCAGUGACUCGCCGACCACAGAAAGCUGACAAGAAGGUCUACUCUUGGAAAGAUGGGAAAAAAAAAAAAAACCUAAAAGGUAAGAAAUGUGUAUCUAGUGUUUCUGCGAUGGAUUGUAAUGCUGCUCCUAAGUCAACAAUCCAUCAAGUUGCUGAUAAAGAAAACCUUUUGAAAUUAAAACAUACAGAUAUAGAAAGUAUGAGCUGUGAACCUUCUGGUUCUGGGAUGAAUUUUCAGCGUGAUCCCUCUCUUCCAUCUGACUCUGACCGAACUCAAGAAACUAUUAAUAAAACAGAACUAUCUAAGAUGUCGUCUGACCGUAAAGAAACAAACCGUGAUUCCCAUUCAAGCUCUAUUCCCGUGGUUGAUUGUGUAAGGAACCCAGAGGAAGCAAAGGAUGUUGUAGAAGACAAUUCUGAUGAACCGGUUCUUGAAGCCUUGCCUCAUGUCCCUCCUUCAUUUGUGGGGAAAACAUGGUCUCAAAUAAUGAGAGAAGAUGACAUGAAAAUUAAUGCUCUUGUGAAGGAAUUUAAGGAAGGCCGUUUCCACUGUUACUUUGACGAUGACUGUGAGACCAAGAAAGUAAAAAAAAAAAAUUCAAAUGAAGGAAAAAAGAUUACCUGGGCUGACCUCAGUCAGGGCAUUGCAUCCAUUCAAAUUUUUUCGGACUGUGAUGAUAAUGGAGGUGGUAAUUCAGAUACUGAUGACUUUUCAGUGGCCUUAGAUAAACCUACCCAUCAUCCUAUAGCAAAGAAGCCUUAUGAACAAAAUUUGCAAGUGACUUCUCGAUGCCAAGCUGCAAAAGUCAGCCAUGGAACUCAAACCAAUCUCAUGGAUAAUUUGGGAAAGAAAAGAAGAAGAGGAGAAGAGGCAGACUUGCCAACAAGGAAGCGAUCACCCGCACAGAAGGACAAACAGUCAAAGAGGAGAGUCAAAAUAGGAACACUUGAAUUUCCAGAAUCAUGUACUACAGUUUUGAAGCCUUUGCAACCCAAUGCCUUAGUCUAUGUUCUUUCUUCAAAUAUGAAACUGAAGAUUGGUGAACCCUUCAAUUUAUCUCACAUAAAGCACCGCCAUGGCAAAAAUAGUCGGGAGGUUACUGUACACUACAAAUAUAAACGGAGUCCCCUUAAUUAUUAUGACCCAGUGAGUAAUCAAAUUGUAAGUAAUCCUCCUGUGAACAGAGAAGUGCCAGAGUCUGACAGGGAUAACCUGGUUCAAAAUGAUUUUAGUGACCUAAACUCCAGUGCAGAAGAUAACACUCAUGUACAAAGCCCUGCUUCAGAAACUUUGAUGACGUGGUCGGUAAGAGAUGAAUUGACGGGAAAUCAAGGGGCUAGUGUAUGUUCUGAGUUACCAGGAAAAUCAGAGACUUUGAAUUCUGGUGAAGUUCCAAAGGAAAACAGUACACAGUCAACUCUUGUAGAUCACGACACAGCCCAAACCUCUCCAAAAUCAGUUAGAAAUAAGAUUUUAGAACGUAAAAAGAAAAUUCAGAGAAAGAAGAUGACAGCUAAUAACAAGCUAGAUUUUCCCAAAAAGGCUUCCAGACAAAUUAUUCUCCAGCAAAAAACCAGAAUCGCUUCAGAAAAAGAGUCAAUUUGGAUUCAUACCAAACUAAAUGAUGUAAUUAGAAAAUAUAUUCCAAAAUACUCCAUUUUUUUGCGUCACAAAUACCACCACUCCAGGAGCACUUUUGUUAGAAUGCAAUUUAGGAAGAAAAAACCUUGUGUCAGUAAGAUAAAGGAGGCAAAGAAACCAGCCCAAAAGCUUUCAGACUCCUCAGUUCCAUCAACUGAUGCAGAAGAGCCCUUAAACUCUAUAGCAGACUAUUCCCCCAAGCAACUUGCGGAGGAUUCCUCCAGUGUUGAAGAAAGAAAGAAGAAUGGUAAUAACAAACGUCAUAGGAAAAAAAAGAGAAAGCAUUUUAAGCCUGUUAAAAUAUAUGCUUUGAGAAGUUUAAGUGCUCAAAUACCAUAUUCUGAUAGGAUGAGGACUCGGGUACCAAAGAAGUCAUGAGGUAAACUGGAAGUGUUUGGUUUCAGGCUAGUUGAGGAUUUGGUACUGCAAGUGAAAUACAUUUGGUACUUAGUAUACAUAGCUCUCCCAACUUUGGUGAAAAAAGUAACCUUCAACUAUUUUGCUAUAGACAUUAUUUUUCAGAAUUUUUAUAUUCAUUUAAAGUUAGUGUUUAAAGUCCUUUUCUUUUAAAGAUUCAAAAGCACCCUUUGUCCAUUUGCUAUAGACCUUCACCUUAAUUUAUAUCACAUAAUUUAGCACAACAUAUACAGUUUUCUCCCUCAGGUCAUGUCCCUCUUAUUUAUUUUUUAUGAUUGUGUCUCAUGUCAGGUUAUAAUAUGGAAAGAAUGAAUGUGGCAAACAUUACAUGCUAUCUUUUUUUUAGAAAUUGGAACAAGUGAAUAUGUACUUACAUUCUGUGUGUUUCAGAGUGGCAUUGUCAAUAUCGUAUUCUAACUGGAUAAUUAAAAAGAACUGUAAUGAUCUCAGCUUUUGAGUGGGGGUGACUUAAAUAAUCACAAACAAAAUAUAAUUUCUCUCUCUUUUAAAAGCAUCCUAGAUAAUGAAAUUCCAUAGCCUUUAAUCCAGCUUUUAAAAAAACUGCUUGGUGAUUUUAUAUACAUACAUAACACAAACUCCCCCUGCGUUAUUUACAUUGGAUCUGCAAGUCUCUAACUUUACUCAUUUGGACACAUGCACAUAUACAGGCUCCGUAAGGUUUUCUUUAGCAUUAUUGGAUCUUAAGGGGAAAAUGACCUUGCCAGUGUAAUUAUGCUUUUUUACCACCUCUGUUCCCUUCUACCUGAAUGGUUCGUGGUUUAAUAUUGGAAAUCCAGGUUAUCUUAUGACUUUAUCUCUUGAUUUUAGAUGUUACCAUUUUUUAAUACCUUGAACUGAAACAAUUGGUAAUUUGGGAAGACCAUUAAUUGUCAUUAACAAAUUAUAAUCUUAGUAUUUUAAAAGCUCUAAUAUAACUGAUAACCUAAGGGAGGCCCAUUUUGCAAGUGAAAAACUAUGUAUUAGUAUGUUUGUUUGGCAUUCCUUAAACUUGCUAACUGAUGAAGUUGUUAAGAUACACAGUUUAGGGCCGAGGCACUCAGAAUAUGUUUUGAUCCUUUAUUCAGACACUGGUUGAGUUUGUACAGAUGCAUCAAAUUAUCCUGUUAAGCUAAGAUGCUGGAUCCUUUUCUAUCAUUAAUGUUAAAGGGAAACAUGAAGUUCAACUAUAUUGUACAAACCAUCUUUUAUUGAAACUAAAUCAGUGCACCAUGAUUUCAGACAUAAAAAUGUGUUACCUUAGAGUUAAAUGUAGUGUAACAGUUGGCUUCUAAAUGUAGUUUUAUUUCAGGGGCCAUUAUUUAACCUGUGGGUGUGUUACAAUGGUGUUAUGUUGUAAUUUCUUCUAAUUAUGUGGAAAAAGUGGAUAAAUGUUUAUAUUUCUAGUUGCAGAGCAACUUCAACCUUGCCUCAUAUACACACAUAAUUUUAGUUUCCUUUCUUAAAAUAUCACUGUGGGCCACAGUUUAAAAUAAUCCCCCAAUUGUGAUUUAGGAAGAAAACUGUCCAACUGAUUGAGAAGUAAACAAGAAGCUAACACAUGAAAAUAUUCCACUUGUGGGUGUUGGCAUCUUUUUUUCCCUAUGAAAAGUAAUUCUCUUAAGUACUAUUAGUAGGCAUUCUGCGUGCUUUUAGUGUAAGUAUAAAAGCAAGAGAUCAUAUGGAAAUAAUGUACUAUGAAAUUAGGAUAUAUCAUAUCAAUUGUGAUUACAUCAAACAGAAAGGACAAUUCUUAGAAUUCCAGUGAUCAAAGACUUAAAUUUUACUACCUUUUCACAGUGGAAAUUCUCCUAAAUACCAUGUUUUUUAAAAGGAAAAAGAUUUGUAUUUUAAAUUUAUAUUACUAAAAACAUAUACAAUACAGUUCUGAUGAUUUUUUUAGAAAACAUUUUGAGAAUGUUUAUUAAGUUCCUUUGAUCAUUAUUUUUGACAAGCUUGAAAAUUUGAAAUUGUAAAAAUUUAAUUGCUUUCAGAAUUUGGUGGGAUACAAGAUGUACCCCUUUGUCAAAAUAGCUUUUGGCUUAAUUUUCAUAUUAGAUAAAACAAGUGGUUUUUUUGUGUACUCAAGAAUACAUUAGGUUCUUUUAGUGUAAAAUAUCAAAUUACAACCACAGUGAAUAUUUUAUUAAACUUGUCCAGUAUCUUGCAUAGAUUUUUAAUAUCAUUCUCCCAAGCUAAACAGUAUGUGGACAGUAUUUGUGUGAAGUGUGUUUUGCAGUUGUGCAUUUAAAUGAUUUGCGUGACUAGGGCUCUGAGUGACACUUUUUUGGUAAAGAGAAACUAUAUUUAAAUAUUCAAGCAGAUAUAUAUUUCCACUUAAAACUAAUGUGAAGACUAAUGUAUUUUUUAUAAUGCAGUGUAAAGAGUACAUUUGUUUUUGAAGUUAUCAAGAUGAAACUUAUCAAAUACUGAAAUUUGUCUCUACUUUCUCCUCAUGUUGGGAAUUUUUUCUGGGAAUAAGGAAUCAGAGUAAUGAAAACAAGUUCAUUUUAUAAAUGGUCUUAAAGGUAAUAAACGAGAGACUAUAAAUGUUGAUGCUGGUGACAAAAUAGUGUAACCAAAGAUAUACAGGUUAUGUUCAAUGGAAUAGUUAUUUCAAAGGAUUAAAAUUAAACAACUUUAUUUGUCUGGUGGAGUGAUGGGUUAGCAACUUUUCACUUUGUAUACCUGUAUUGAAAGAGUCGGUGAACAGGAUUGAGUUCAGGAGGCCUCAGUGAUUUAUAUCAUACUUCGGCACAUGCUGGAAGAGAGAGAACUUUGGUGCCUCCAUUACCAUAAGAUUUGUUUUAAAAGACAAGAAAACAUGGACGAUUGUACAUAUGUCAGUGAGGUUAGGUGCCUUUGGCCUCAGUAGUAGUGACUUCUGAGGUUUUUUGGUCCAGGAUUAUAUUGUAAAUCUAAAAUAACAGCCUACUCUUUAUAAUAAAAAAUUACUAGAGUUAAAACGAGAGGGAAGUCCAUUUUCAAUAAAAGAGUUUUAUAUUUAGAAAAAAAUGUGGAAAAUACUGAAAAAUCAUGUAAUUAAGGAAUUACACAUCUAAAUGUCAAUCUAAGAAGAUGAGAGGCUGAGGAAGAGUCUCAACAUUUCCUUACACUUUAUUUAAAGCCCAAAUAUUAGGGAAAUAACAAUAUAUUUAGUGAGUUCCCUUCAUUCUUAUACUUUAUUUUUAAAAAGUUCUCUCAAAAUAUUUUAAACUACCUUGAUAAAGGAAUAGGUCUAGAGUGGCAAUUUGUUGCUGAGCCUUUUUAAGUAUGAGCUUAUAUUUUUUCUAUGUUUAUAAUUUAUUACAUGCAUGUUUUUUUACAUGCAUUUUAUUUUCUUAAUUUAAGCUGGACGUGUGUGUGUGUGGACAUCUUGAGCCCUUCCUCAGUGUUGGGCAUUGUUCUAAGCUUUUAAUCUGUGUUAUUUGAUAUUCACAGAGCUCUUUAUGAGUUAGGUACUACAAUUGUCACAAAAGUAGCAGAUGAGAAAACUCAGCCUUAAUUUUGGGAUUAUAAAUGAGUUGUGUAUUUACUCUAAUCAAAUGGGGAUUACAGGCCACCACUAAUCUAAUGUCUGUAUAGUUUAGCCUUUUCUGGACAUUUCAUAAAAACAACAGCAUACAAUAUGUGGUCUUUUGUGUCUGGCUUAUUUUAUUUACCAUAUGUUUUUGAGGGUCAGAUAUAGCAUGUAUCAGUAUUUUCUUUUUUAAUGCUGAAUAGUAUUUAUAAUUAAUUUUUAAUGAGGCUGGUAACAAUGCUGGUCUCCUGAUAACAAAUAUGAUGAAAGCUAUUAGGUGUGAGGGUAGCUGUUCCUUUAUGCCUCUCAUACCUGUUAUCCUUGAUUACUACCCCAAUUCCAAGACCACCAGAUACCUGCCUUUCUGAGCGUUCUUACUCCAUAUGUGGGUGAUUUAUCCUUCCUCUUUCUUAUUUCCUUUACUGCCCACCUUGGCAUUCUUUUCACUGUGCUUGGAGAAUUGUUGUUUUCAGUGUUAACAAUCCCCUUUCAUAAUGGAUUGCUUACAGGUAACUGAACUAAGAAUCAUAUCCAAGCUAUUCAUUGUCAUAAUCUACAUGUUCUAUAGAGUCAGGAAGUGUUGUUGAUGGUCCUGGUCAUGAUGAACAUUCUUUAUUAAAAUUACUCUCCUAAAUAACCAUAGUACACACCAUCAAAAUCAAGAAAUCAACAUUGAUACGAUAUAACCCUUAUUUGGAUUUUGUAGAUUGUCCUAGAAUGUCUUCUAUAGAUCCAGGAUUCGAUCCAGGAUCACACACUGUCAUGAUGUUUCCUUUUAUAUCGAGCAGUUCCUCAGCCUUUCUUUGUAUUUAAUAACUUGACAUUUCGAAGUGUACAAACCAGUUUCUUUGUGAAAUAUCCUCAGUUUGAAUUCGUGAUGUUUCUUUGUAGUUAAUGCUUUGUGGGUUCCGGGGGGGUGAUUCUGUGAAUUUCUCAGUGUAUCAUAACAAGUGCCAAGUGAUGUCCAGUUUGAAUAAAAGUGGUGAUUAAAGAUA